AUGAAAUGUCAUGGUGGAGUUGACGAAUCAUGGUAUUCGGCGACAGCAUCCAGUAUGAAAACGCGGAAAUCUGCCAGCAAGACCAAUGUCACAGAUACGCUGGAGGCACGGCUUCGAGAUCACGGCCUGCGCGAGCAGCAAGCUUCGAUCCGCGUGGACGUCGCGUUCUUCAAGUACGAUGCCUAUGAGCGUUUCAAAUACUAUGGGGCUCGUAGCGAAUGA